GGGCUGAAAGAAACACAUAAAGUGCUUCAGACAACCAAAUAGGCUUCGAAAAGCCAGGUCACUCUCUGUGUCUGCUGGGGAAGAAGAAGAAGAAGAAGAACUUAAUUUUAAAACAAAGAGAUUAGGAUUUAGGAGUGAGAGAGACAGAGAAAGAGAAAGAGAGAGAGAGAGAGAUAAAGUGUGUGUGUCUAUGUCUCUGUCUCUGUCUCUAUCUAUCUCGCUACAACUUUUGCACUGUUUUGCCAUCCUUUUUUUAUUCAUGAAAAUCAGAAAAAUACGUUUUUUGGGUAAUAAAUAAAAGUGUUAUAAGUGUUUUUGGAUUUUUAUUGUUGGUUGUAUUAUUUUAAUACAGUUGGGGGGUGGUUUGUCCCUCUGUUACGCUUUUCUUGGAUGACGGUUCAAGCUCGAAACCUCGUCGUUUUCCUCUUCUUCUUCUCCUGUGAGCUUUUGUUGUUUUCUUUCACGCUGUUCGAGAUAUAAACAAAAAAGAAAUGCAGGCAUUUGUGUUUCUGGGUCUCCUCCUUUGAAGUUUCCCGCUCUGUAAAAAAGUGUAUUAAUUUUGUAGCAUCGUUCUUUCAUUUUCCGGGAAAGUUCAAAAUAAAAUAAAAAAGAAAGCAAAAGGAAAAUAAAAGAAAAAGAUGAAUACCAGAGUCCGCACCAAUCUUCAAGGCAUGAAAGCUGCUGCUUUAAAUCAUGAUAAAAAGGAGAAGAUGGAAACUCGAGGGAGCAGGAUAAUGGGUACGGAGAAAACUGCGACUAAUCGACGUCGAUCAAUCAGAGAAAGGAAAAUGGCCUUACUGCAAGAUGUUGACAAGUUGAAGAAGAAGCUCAGACAUGAAGAGAAUGUCCACAGAGCAUUAGAAAGAGCUUUCACUAGACCUUUAGGAGCUCUACCUCGUCUCCCUCCUUAUCUCCCUUCAUAUACAUUAGAACUUCUUGCUGAAGUAGCUGUUUUGGAAGAAGAGGUUGUUCGGCUUGAAGAACAGGUUGUGAAUUUCAGACAAGGUCUCUACCAAGAAGCUGUCUAUGUAUCAUCUAAGAGAAAUGUCGAAAAUUGUAAUGAUCCAAUAGACCAAGUCUCAGUUAAAAGUAUCAAACAUCAGCGAUCAAAAUCUUUGUCCCAAUUUGAGUUCAACUCGGUGAAUUCUGCAGCCAAGUCUCAACCUUCUCUUGCUAGAACAACUUCAAGCAGAAGGCUAUUGUCCACUGAUACCAUCUCUGCUCGAACUGCGAACUGUUCUAGUAGACAAGUCAACGGAAGACAAGCUUCCAGGAGAGCAAGUACCUCUUCUUCAUUUUUCGAAGACGUGAGAGGAAAAGAGAAUUGGUUGUCUACAAAUUGUGUGAAAGAUAGGCCAUCUCCAGAAAAGAAAACAGCCAAAAUUGUAACCCCGGUGAAGAAACCUCCACUCAAGCCUGAACCAGCUGAGAAGUGUUUGGAUCCUGUGAGGUUACAGCUAGAAUGCAGAUUAGUAGACCAAGAAAGGGCACAGGAGAGUUGUUCUGGAUCUCCGGAUGAUAAGGUAUCGGAAGCUGACAGCUCACCUAAUAGAAUCUCGCAGGACAUUGUGAAAUGCUUGUCUAGUAUAUUGUUGAGGAUGAGCACAUUGAAGGAUAGAGUAGUGGAACCUGGGUCUUCCCAAUCAGCAUUAUUUGCUCGGGCAGGAAAUGGGGACACACAGUUUACGGAUCCAUAUGACAUCUGCUUGGAUGUCAAAAAUAAAGAUGUUGGCCCCUACAAGAAUCUUUGUGCCAUUGAUUCCAGUUCAAUUGACAUUAACCGUACGACAAGCGCAUUGUUCCUAAUACAUCGACUUAAGUCAGUAAUCUGUGCUUUCUCUUUCUUUAUGUUUUUGCUUGAGAAGCUUGCCUCUGUGAACCUAGAGAGUCUUAACCAUCAGCAAAAGCUUGCAUUCUGGAUUAACAUUUAUAAUUCUUGCAUAAUGAAUGGAUUUUUGGAGCAUGGUAUACCUGAGACUCCAGAAAUGGUUGUAGCACUAAUGCAAAAGGCAACAAUAAUUGUGGGGGGACACUUGCUGAACGCAAUAACAAUUGAGCAUUUUAUAUUGAGACUGCCUUACCAUUUGAAAUUUACUUGUCCAAAAGCUGUGAAAAACGACGAGAUGAGAGCUCGAAGUAUAUUUGGGUUAGAGUGGUCCGAGCCAUUGGUUACAUUUGCACUCUCUUGUGGAAGCUGGUCCUCUCCUGCUGUGAGAGUGUACACAGCAACUCAAGUUGAAGAAGAAUUGGAAGCAGCAAAAAGGGAGUAUCUACAGGCAGCAGUGGGUAUUACAAAGACAAACAAGAUAAUAAUACCAAAGCUAUUGGAUUGGUAUCUACUGGACUUUGCAAAAGACAUGGAAGCAUUGCUGGAUUGGGUGUGCCUCCAACUGCCAAAUGAAAUCAGGAAUGAUGCAGUUAAAUGCCUUGAGAGGAAGGGAAGGGAACCUCUUUCACAGUUGGUGCAGAUGAUGCCCUACGAUUUCAGCUUCAGGCUGUUAAUACACUGCUGAGAAUUUUUUUUUUUUUUUUUUUUGAGAGGGGGGGGGGGGGGGGGUGGGUGGGUGUGUGUUGUUGGGCCUCUGUGGCCAGUGGGUAGUUUUUGUAUACUGCUAUAGAUGAGAGUACAUAUAUAAUCUUAUCCUUUAGCAUUUUAUAAGGGAAGUGUGGGCAAAUUCAUCUUCUCCCAAAUACAGGUUUUGAGUGUGAGGAUUGGUCCAUUAAAGCCGGGAAAUAUACAAUGAAAAGGCAAUUUCUUCCAACUUUCUUUAUUAUUAUUAUUAUUAGUUUUCUAAUA